CCUCCGAUCCAAACCCAAUAAGCUAGAAGCCCCUCUCCGGCGAGGCGAUGGGCACCGCCAAGGCGAAGCGGAGGCCCGUCCUGAUCUGCUGCGGGGUGCUGGUGGCCGCGAUCGCCGUCCUGGCCGUCGUGUUCGUGGCGCUCUACUUCACCGUGUUCCGGCCGCGGUCGCCCAAGGUGGUGGCGACGGCGGUGGUAGCGGACCUGCUCCCCAAGGGCGACGGCGGCGGCGGGCAGGACCUGAACCUCACCGUGCACGUGGACGUGACCGUGAACAACCCCAACUACGCGGCGUUCCGGUACGGCGACGUGGUGACGCUGGUGCGGUACCACGGGAGCGACGUGGGCAUGUCGGUGGUGCCGGCGGGGGAGAUCGGCGCGCGCGAGACGCUGACCGUCGCCGCCGCGGUCGAGGUGGACACGCUCAAGGUGGCCGCCACCCCGUACUUCUACGUGGAGUUCCCCACGGGCAAGCUGCCGUUCGAGACGGCCACGGCGGUGGCCGGCGAGGCCGUGGUGCUGGGCGCGUUCAAGAUCAGCGCCAGCUCGCAGGUGGCGUGCCAGGUCACCGUGCACCUGCUGCCUCCCAACGCCACGUCGGAGUGCACCUCCACGGUCCAUAUAGGCCGGUAGUAACGGGCCGUGGGCUAUAUAUAUCUAGUGGUUCUGCUCUCUCUGGACAGAUGUUGUGCUCUUGUGUGUACAUCGAAAUACGCUCUGAUCUGAAAUUACCAACGACGUUAUUAGUAG